AUGGAGAAAACCAAUGAGACAGGUAGAAAAAAACGUGAAACUCCAGGUAUAAAAUACCUUGAUCCUCAGUUCGAAUGGUACACAGGUUUUGGUCAAAAAUCUGCAAGAAAAAGCCAAAGAAGACAAGUAUUAUAUCACAUUUGUCAACAUAUUAGAAGGAAGAUGAUUGAAUUAGAGGCUGAGAAAAAGAAAAAUAAUCUGGAAAACAGAAUGUUCGAAAUAAAAAAGAAAAAGUUAGAGUUUGAAAUGGAAAGAGGAAGAAGAAAGUGUGCACAGGAACAAAAGGUAAUAGAAUUAGAAACUGCUAUACAACAAGCAGAAGUCUUAGACAGUGAGACAAGGUCAGUAGAAAAUUGUGAAAUUAGUCAAAGUUCAAAGUGCUCACAUAAAAUUGUAUUUUCACCAGCACCUACAAACUCAAAAAAGAUUGGUUAUGUAAUCGCAUAUGCAGGGUCAUAUUAG